AUGGGUAUUAAUCAACUCUGUAAGCGGUGCAAAACUGCAGAGGCAGCAGUUGUGUCAAGGAAAGAGCCUUUCUGUAUCGCAUGUUUCCGCAAAUUCGUGUCUUUGAAGCAGCGGAAACAAAUGAUGUCAGACCAGUACUUCCAGGACAUAUUCAAAGUCAUGUAUCCGGACAAGAAGAAAACAGCAGAGGAAGCUGAGAGGCUCAAUCAAGGAUCGAGGAUAUUGGUACCACUGUCGUUCGGUUCAUCUUCGAUUGUAAUGCUUGAUGUCCUAAAUGAUACUUUGACAGAGCAGAGAGAGAUGCAUCGUGGUAAGACGGGCUUCCGGAUUGAUGUGCUAGUUUGCUAUCUCAAAGAUGAUCUAGAAGAGCUUAAAAGAAAAGCGGAGGCUUUGAUGACCGUAAAACUGCGAGACAACAAAAAUAGCGUCAAAGUUCAUCUUGUUGACAUAGAAUCUUCCAUGAAUUCUCCAGAUUUCACUCGCAUUCACUUACAAGACUCAACUUACAUGGUGCGAAAUGCCUCUGUAUCUGCUAAUGAAGCACAGUCAGUGAAAGAGCUACUCAGCUCGUGCUCAAACCGUUCAGCGCGUGAGGACCUACUCAAUAUCAUCAAGACGGCUAUUAUAAAGCGUUUUGGAGUUCAGGGCGGUUAUAAAGCUAUUUUGUGGGGGCACUCAACGACUAGACUUGCAGAUGAAAUCAUGUCCUUGGUUGUUAAGGGACGCGCCUCUCAAAUUGCUAAUGCACUCAACGAUUCCGAAGAGGACUUCGAAUAUGGGGAACCUUUGAGAAAUCUUCAUCCCAUGAGAGAUAUUCUUCUGUCCGAAAUCGAUGCAUAUUGCUUUGUUUCAGAUCUUACGCAGUAUCUUCACAAAUACAAACCCCAAGAUACGCUCUUGGUCAACAAAAUACCGGUUGCCCCGGAUGCUCAACCUCCAAGAGCAAAAUUAACAAAGAACAUGACAAUUAAUGAGCUCGCCCGCCAAUAUUUUGAUGGUAUCGAAGGAAGCUAUUCUAAUGUUAUCUCUACGGUUGUAAGGACAGGCGCCAAACUUGACGACCCCGAAAACAGCCUGAAGAGUAAAGUAAGAUGCGGAAUUUGCAACAAUACAGUUUUCUGUGAUGGAUCACAUUGGCUCAGGAACAUUACGGUUACCAGUUCUCAUCCAAUAGAAGACGCAGAGGAAGAAGCAAUGUUUAGAGCAUGGAGUGCUUCUGAGCAAGGUAAAGUGAGAGGUGAAUACUUGAAGUUAACAUCAGAAAUGGAAAUUUCAGGCCAUGAGUUUCCAGUAUGCUAUGGUUGUAUUCUUACCCUAGGCGAGGUUAAACACAAGAGUUUAAUCUGGCCCAGCAGUCAAUCAAACAGCGUCGAAAGCGUUAUUGAAGAUUUUAUUAUAUCAGACGAAAGUGACAGCGAGCACGAAGGGCAUUAG